ACUUUUUGUUUAAUCACUUAAUGUGUAUCUGCUCUGUAUACAGUAUUUACCACUGCCACAGUUAUGUUUUAGAAGUCACUUUUUUUUAAAGACACCUGCAUGCUCCAAGAAAACUUGUCACCUUUUACAUCUAAAAACUGCACACUUGGGAGAAAAAUUUGCGGUUUCAUGUCUGAAACCAUGUGCACUCUCUUUCCAAAUAUAUUGUAACAAAUGGCGGGGAGUUCACACCACUGGUCUCAAACCUGGGUUCCCGUGCAUGCUUCCUAAUCACAACACCAAGUGGGGCAAGAGGUUGGACCUGCUGUUGUGCCUGCUAUCCCACCUACAAUCUCUGAUGUCACACCAACUGCUACUCUUCCCAACCCCAUGGAGGAACCAGCAGCUGCUGUGGUACCAGUAAAUCAGCUGAUACAGACAAUACACAUUAUUCCACAGUUUGAAGUCCGGAGUAUUCUUACAGGCUUACAUGAUGGCAAGGAAAUUGUUGAGAGCCUUGAUAAAGAUAAUGUCAUCACAACUAGUCAGAGACGUCUCCUCGUCCGAAUCUUGGUGUCGUAUCUGAUUGAGAAGUUUGGAGAAAAUCCUACAUCAGAUAUCAAAAAGGCACUGGCAUCGGGUUUGGUUGAGUCAUUUGAAUGUUUGAAAGACUCCUCAAGCAGUGGCAGUGAAAUAUGGUACACCCCAGGACGGAGGCAACGCCCAGCCACUGGAUUCCUGGAGGAAAGGCUGAGGAAUGUUAGAAAGCGGCUGAGAUCCGCCAGCACGUUGCGAAGCAUGAGACAGAAGACACCACCACAAAUGGCAGAUAAUGGUGCUCCUGCAAGGGCUCUCAUACCAGAACGUACCAUAUCAGACGAACGGGCGUCACAGUUAAAAGAAUGGUUGAGAAACAAUUCUCAGCCCCUCAGCCAGAUAGAGACCUACAUGCAGAACACAGCAGUCUACAGGGCCAAGUGGAUCAGGGACAACAAUUGGACCAUUGAUCAGAUCCUCGAAGAGUUCCCUCACUUGAUGACCAAAGGCAUGAUAGCACAGGACUUUCUGGUCCUACAUGGGGAUGCUGCAUCAAAGUUAUUUGAAACUUGGCUACCCAUUUAUGCGGAGAAGGUCCUGUACCUGGCCAGAAAAGAGGGGAAGCUGACAUUGCCUCUGGAUGGAUUAACACCAGAUGGUGUUGGGGAACUCGCCCUGAGGCAGCUGCCAGCCUUGCUUCCACCGACGACUUACAAAGUUGGCCGGGGCCGUGGUGUGAAAGUAGUUCGCCACACCAUUCAGGAAGGCAGCUUGGCCUUCAUUGACCAUAAGCCUCCUGGAAUAAACAUGGUGGAGUACCUUCAUGAGGCCAAGGAAUCCAAGCCAUAUCCCCACAUCCUGACACUGGGAAAUGAUCAGAGUGCAUUUCAGGCCUUCGUCAUAAUAGCUGGACAGGCCCUGGAACAAGAAACACUGCUUCAGGCCAUUGAUGUCUGCUUUAAGGCAUUCUUUGUCUUUGAUAUUAAAUACCCAAAGCAGUGUGAACAUGUUUGGGAAUUCAUACAGACUGUUAUAUAUGAAAUCCCAGGAGGGGAGUCUAAAAUCGUUAAGUUUGUUCAAACUAGAAUACUUGCUUGCAAGUAGAGCUAGUGGCUCUUAAAAGCAGCAUUUAGUAUGUGGAAUUAAUUGUUCACUAUAGAGCUGCUGACUGUUGGCCUGUUGAAUGUUAGUUAAAUUGAAAUUGUUGUUUUGCAAUGAAUAUUUUCAACCCUUAGUGAACUGCGCCAGUUUCACUAUAUUGUCAAUAUUAAUGUAAUAAAUGUUUUCAAAGAUUCAA